AUGUCUCAGUCACUCUUCCACUCCGCCCCCUGGUCCUCCAACCACACUCCCACCAAGCCAUUCUUCAACCUCCCAACACCCGCCUCAUCAAGCAUCAACCACACCAGUGACCUUUCCACGAGCAGCCUGAUCAGCUGGACGGUCUUCAUCCUGGCGCUCAUCUUCAUCACCGACAACUUCGCGCGGAAACGCUCGCACCACUCCAAGACCGCCGAGGUCGAGCGGCCGAUCCGCGAAGUCAUCGUCUCAUCCUCAUCGCCCUCUUCAACGGAGGAGGUCGCGGCUGCACAGGAGAAUGUGCCUUCGCUCUUUCAGGGCUUGGCGCAGGGCGCGAGUUUGAUGUUGAGAUGUUGA